UUCCCUCUGGGGGUCUCACAGAGCUUGGGGAGCUGAGCUGGUACAGCUGGAACUCAAGUUUCUUUUUAACUUUUUUUGUUGUGUUACCUUCACUUGAAAAAAGGUGAUUUUGCUCAAACAGCAGCUUGUACUGGGUGUGCAGAGCUCAUGAACAAAACGUCUCUUAAACUCUGGAAGGCCUUUGUGUAUCUCCUUUUUAAAAAGAGGAACAAACCAUUCACUAGGAAUCGAACGUGCCUGCGGGCUGCCUGCUGCUGUUAGAAUGACUGGGCUGUGUGUGCUGGUGGCUGUGCCUGGAGGCUGCCAGGCUCCUCUAUUAGAAGUGGUGUAUCUCAGUGAUGUGAAACGCCAGACUUGUACAAAGGGAUCCCAACCAUUCAGGAAACAUAUUUAUUUAUUUCCCUCCAGGUUUUGUUACUUAUACUGCGUUUUGAUGACUUUCUGCUCACUUACUGCCUUUUCAUGCUUCUCAUUUUCCUUUUUUUCCCUCUGUCAAUAGCUAAAAACUGCCUUUCUGCAUGGCAUGGCCUUUUUCCUAUGCUGUCUCUGUACUUUCAGUUGGUAACUCUGGAUUUGAGUUUUCUUUCUACCUCAGCUGUCAGUAUGAGAACUUUGGAUUAGAUCUGCUCUUUCACUGGACUUCUUACUCAAUAUUCACUUUGGGAACUUACAUCUUACCUAAUCUGAGCAGUAGUGACUGAAUUCAGAUCUUCCUGAUGUUAAAAUGCUAAGGAAUGUGAAAUAAAGGUUUGGGGCAUUUAAAAACCUGAAUGGUGUCAGAUAGCAAUUUUGUACUGCAAACUGGCAUUGUAUGGCCUCUAGUUUAGCUGUACGAUUCAAUCUAAGCCUUUUUUCUUCCAGCACUGGAAACAAGGAGAGUUCAAACUGUUUCUCAGCUGUGAUAGGUUUAUGGAGGGAUGCUGUAUUUUCUUCCUUUAACACAGACAUGCUUUGGGGAUCCCAUGAUGGAGGGGAUCCAGUCUGAUCUUUCGAUCUUUCCUACAAGAUAGAAUCAAGGCAAAUUUCAGAAGGAUGCAGUGUUCUGGCAGCCAGUUGGCUUGAUCCUAACAGCAGCAGAUCUUCCAAGGAUGUUAGUCUUCAGAGCCUUGUCCUUGCUGUAGCUGUUGGCUUCACAGGAGUUAUGUUGGGAUGGACAGAUGUCAUGUGCUUUUUAUUGGUUUUGGUUUUAAUAGGUAUUUCAGACACCUUGUCUAUUUCUUCCAGUCUCACUGCCAAGAAUGAGAGGUUUAAUUGUUGUCUCCAGUAUUUGAUAUUCCUCAUCAAAAAGAAAAUAUGGAACUGGAAAAUGAUACAGCUAGUACCAGGAAGCAACCAGCAGUUUACAGAGUCCAAAGAAGAGUGCAAACUGAAGGGCACUUACAGGAACUCUUGGAAAGAGACCUACUUUCUACCAAUGGUGGAGAGCCACAAAUCCCUGAAAAGAAGACACAGCUACGUUGCAGGUUCUCCUGGGAAAGUUUCAAAAAGAUCAUAUACAAGAGGUUCCCUGUCCUGAAUUGGCUUUUUUCCUAUCAGUUCAGAGAAUGGAUCUUGAAGGACCUCCAUGCAGGCCUAAAUGUUGGGUUGGUUCAGGUUCCUCAAGGGCUGUUAGGAAUUUGGCUGUCCGGGUUACCUCUGCCAGCAAUCAAUGGCUUCCUUUCUGCAUUCUGCUGCUCAAUGCUGUAUGUUGUAUUUGGAAGUUCACAUCACAUCUCAAUUGGCUCAUUCAGCAUCCUAAAUCUGGUGGUGAAAAAUAUUCUCACGUCCCUUGCUCUCAACCAAACCUCCUUUAACAGUUCACUGGUCAAUUUUUCAGACCCUACACUUUUGAAAGGUUACAUGGAGACCUUGACACUCGCUGCAUCAAUAACAUUUAUGACUGGCAUAAUUCAGUUGCUGCUAGGCUGCUUCUGCCUGAAGUCUGUAACAGCAUACUUGCCAAAGGCUCUCAUUGAUGCUUACCUCUCUGCAGCAGCAUUGCUUGUCAUUGUAUCACAGUUCACUUUUAUCUUUGACGUUGUGCUUGACUUCCAUAAGGGCUCUCGAGACAUUUUCUGUAAUAUAUUCUAUUUUUUCCUGGCUCUCCCAAAGUCUAAUGCCACCAGCAUACUGCUAUUUUUGCUUAGCGUGGGCAUACUAAAUAUCAGUAAAACUAUCAGGAUAACGUAUCUACGAAGUCCUGUUGCAUUUCCCAUGGAACUUCUCUUGAUCAUCACAGCCACCAUUACUGCUAAUUGUACUCAUCUUCAUGCUGAAUCUAGUAGUACUGUGGUCAGUAUGAUUCCUCAGAGGUAUCUACCUCCUGCGUUGCCAGAUUUAUCAAACAUGAGCAAGAUUAUCUUGCAUGCUUUCUCCCUUGCUGUUGUAAGCUGUUUCCUUCUUGUUUUUAUUGGAGAGAAGUAUGCUUUGCUUCAUAACUACAGCAUUUCCAGCUGUCAGGAACUAAUAGCUGUGGGGCUUUGCAAUAUUUGCAGUGCAUUUUUCAGAAGCUUUGCUGUCAGCUGUGCUGUUUCUGGAACUGUCAUUCAAGAGAAGACGGGUGGAAGAACCCAGAUAGCAGCACUGAUAGGAGCAUCUAUAAUGCUGGUGAUUGCAUUGAAACUGGGACGCUUUUUCCAGGUGAUACCUAAUAGUGUGCUGGCUGCUGUUGUAGUAUUUAACAUGCUACCUUUUCUUGAAAAAUUUCUGGACAUUCCUACCCUGUGGAGGAAGGAUAAGUAUCAUUUAGCUAUUUGGAUUGGAACUUUUGCUGCAGUGCUUCGUCUUGGUCUUGAUGUUGGUUUACUGAUCGCCCUGGCAAUUGCAUUCUUCAUAAUCAGCAUCAGGUCACACAGAAUGAAGAUGGUGGAGCUGGGGCAGAUUCCAAACACGAAUAUUUAUAGAGGUUUAUCCGCCUGCAGAGCCGCAAUGGAGAUUGAUGGCAUCAAAAUCUUUCAGUGCUGUUCUUCCAUUUCUUUUGCAAAUAUGAGUAACUUCAAAAGUUACUUGUUGCACAAGAUGGGCAUGAAAACAGUGCCUCUAAGUCCAAAUGAAGUGAACGCCCUAAUUUCAGCAGUGUCUGACACUUCAGUGGAAAGCAAAGAUUUUGAAUGUUCUUGUGUCUGUGAUCCACCUUUACCACCACCUCAGAUACCAUAUACGGAGAAACUUGUGAAGUCAUGGCAUGCAGACAGUACUUCCACGUCAUCUUCAGUUAAUGUGGUGCGCUGGUCAAAGUACAAAGUCAGUGAGAGCGGUGGGAUGCUCUUGCUGGGAGCAGCUAAUGCACAGUCUGCAUCUUCAGGCAUUACCACACAACUUCAGCCUGAAAAGAAUGAGGAUGAAGGGCAACAAGCUGGUGUUUCACCAGGCUCUGCAGAAGGUAAUACCUCAGCACAGUUAGAUGGGGAAGAACAGCCAGUGCUUUUGCCAGGCCCAGUUCACACCAUUAUUUUGGACUUCAGCAUGGUCCAGUUUGUGGAUUUGCAAGGUUCAGACUUGCUACGACAGAUCUUCUAUAUGUUUUUAAAUGUCGGCAUUACAGUCCUUAUAGCUGGCUGCCACUCCUCUGUGAUAGCAACCUUUGAGAAGAACGAGUUCUUCGACAGCUGUGUCACCAAAGAAAUGUUCUUUCUGACUCUUCACGAUGCUCUGCUGGCUGCUUUGGCGAAGCAUCAGAAGCCAGAUGAGAUAGAACUUACUGCAGAAGAGCAUACUGAAAAGCUACAAGCUGAAGAUGAGACGGAAAUAAAUUUGCUUAUGGAGAAGAAGAAAGGCUUUUUCUCUGCAAGGAAGCCUAAUGGCAAACUCCAGCAUGAAGAGCCAAUAUCAGAUAGUUCACGCUCAGCCCAGAAUGCAGCAGAGUCAAGCUCUCUCCUGCAGUUUGAAACCCUGUCCCUUCAAUUGAAUUUCCAGGACCCCGCAUGGGACAAGGAAUGGAAGUAUAACAGCAACAUCUGAGUUACAACUAUUGGGGAAUUGGGAUUUCGGUAGAAGGAAGAAAGGUACAGUUAAGCAACAGUUGUGGUCAUUCUUAUCCAUAUUUGAUGUUCUUUUUAUUUUUUAUUUUUUUAUUUCUGUUUUUAAAAUAAACAGCUUGACUGACGCCUACAGUAAUUUUGUGGUCCUUAUCAAAAAGGAGCAUCUAGAUAAUUAUUUUCAAGUCAAUAGGAUACUCUCAGCAAUGCACAAAUUAAUUCUAGUUUUGGUGAAUUCUAGCAAAUGAUUUGUGCUCCUUUUCUGAAAUUCUUUAGAGGUUAGUUGAAAUGCUGCAGCUGAGCACCUUUUAUGUACUCAUUGAUUGGUAGUAAGUAAAACUCAUUUGCCGUAUCUGACCAGAUUACAUGCAGGCAGAUUCAUUGUCUUCAGAGCAUGUAGAGUGAUGUGAGCUUCAAAGAAAAGCAUUUUCUUAUUGCUGUUCAACAAAUUGCUCAAGUUGAUAUUGUCAGCACUAACAGAAGAUGAAUAUUUUGUCUGUUUAUUUUACCAGAAUGAAAUCCCAGUAAACAGAAAUGUUAUUUACA